UGAUGAUGAGUUAUGAGUGAUAAAAAUAAUUUCAAGCAGAUUACAUGCAGAUCGGACUUUCUUCAUUAUAACAACAAAAUAUUCUGAUUGCAUCGAUCCGACUGCAGGUCCUAUACGGAAACCCUCCGAACAAUUCAAAUUAGCGCGGAUGCACUAGAUGAGCGUGUAAUUCAGAAAAUUUCGUUACAAUAGAGCACUUCAAAUACGUAUGAUUCCGUGAAUUAACUAGCAAAUUCGUUAUAUCGCAACGCCUGACGACCGGCGCCCCUAUCCCAUCUCCACCUACGGCCCAAAUUCGCCCGACCGGCCGGAGGGGGUUGCUCGGCAACAGGAUAGCGCACAGGGGUGGAAGGCGGAGCGCCGGGCGGAAUCCUCCAAUGGCGCGGCGAGAAAUUAGAAGUGAGGGCAGCGCGUGUUGUUCGAGUGUAAUGUAUCGUCUAAUGUUGCUGUAAUGCCCGAUAUUAUCGAGAUAAUACAUUUCAAAUCGUUUAGUUUAUCAACGACCCGUUUCACACACGGUUGUCACCACUACUCGCGCGCCAGUGGCAUGACAUCGCACUGCUACCGUCUUAUGCACGCUGGUUUAACACUGUGAUAUGUCAAAUUGUUGAGACUUAAAUAUAUAAACGUGUUGAGUGAUCUAGUGAGCGAUUCAUCAUGAACAUGUCGCAUUUUUCGGAAGAACAGUCGAACUUGUUGCAAUCAAGGGACAGUUACCACGCGCAAUCCAGGUCCAUGGACACCAAGAUCCACGAGAGUAAGGGCUCCUUCUGCAUAGACGCGCUGUUGUCCAAGAGCGACUCGGAAAGGGCCGUCAGCCCGGCCGACACGUCGCGUAGUCUGUCCCCCUCGAAUUCGACGAGGAGUCCGAGUCCCCCCAUCUCUCCAGGAAGUGAAGAAGUGCCCCAGACCACCGGCUUCGUGCCCCGUCCCGGACUCUUGAACCAUUUCCACCCCGCUGCGGCUUCUCCUAACGGGGGCGGCUUUUACGGGUAUCACCUCCAGGGGCAGCCUGGGUCCACCUCGGCCUUCUACGGGAUGGAAGGGCAGAAGGUGCAAGUGGCCGCCUCGCACGGCCAGCUGCAUCCGAUGCAGUUGGAAUGGUUGAUGGCGAGGACCGGGAUGUAUUUCCCGAAUCCGAGGUUUCCAGACUUGAGCGGUUGUGGUCCAGGACAUGCCUUACUAGGAAAAACAAGGAGGCCAAGGACUGCUUUCACAUCCCAACAAUUAUUAGAAUUAGAGAGACAGUUCAAACAGAAUAAAUAUUUAUCGAGGCCGAAGAGAUUCGAAGUUGCAACAAAUUUAAUGUUGACAGAAACUCAGGUGAAAAUUUGGUUUCAGAACAGAAGGAUGAAAUGGAAACGUAGUAAAAAAGCCCAACAGGAAUCAAAGAGUACAAAGGAAUCCGAGCACACCAACAGUACAAAACAAUCGACCAACCAAAGUAGCUCCAACAAAAGUGCACCUGUACCUCCGCUAGAAACGCCAUCCAGUGAUAACCCUCUGCCAAGUUUGAUGGAACACACCUCUCAGAACGGGCUCAGGAAAUUGCCUGAAGGAGAGUCGCUCUAUCGCCCUUACGUUGUCUGAAGAAGAAAAUUGAUUUCCCUCCAUAUUGGAGCGAAAGAGUUGCAUCAAGUUUGAAGCAUUGUAAAGUUUCCAAAAACGCAAAUUUUCAUAGGAAAUCAUGCACUUCCUAGUUGGUUUCGGGAUCUUUCAUGUAGACUUUUUGUAAUUACAAACCACUGUAUAUAUUUGAGAGUGAAUUCUCUGUUAGAUUAUAUUGAUUAUAUGUAAAUAAUGUAAUAUUGAAGUUCCUAAUAUAUAAACCAUUCAGAAUCUCGAAAUUCUUGUAUUAAAAAUGAGCUCAAAA